AUGGAUAAGUCGCCCGCGAGGUGCUUCAAUUUGCUCUUCCUGGAGGAGGAUGAGGAGUACAUGGAUGACUUGCUGGUAACGAUGCGGAGGAGGCAGCCCGCCUCGAUAGGGCAGCACACCGCCUCGACGCAGCCACUGGUUGCCGCGCGGGGGAGGCUGCGACUCUGCUCGAAGUCGCUGGUGUUCGAGCCGUACAGCGUGGAGGAGCCCGUGCUGAAGUUCCCCUUCAAGAAGAUGGAAAACGCCAAGAUGGGCGCCCUGGGGAACGAAAUUGUGAUAAAGGUAUCCGAAGUUAUAAAAAUGAAGACGAUCGUGCAUGGGGGGAAGACGAGGUGCACGUCGCAGUUCACCUAUGACCGGAAAAACAGGCGCCUCCUCAACGUGAUGAAUAGCCUCUACAACGAGUACGACGAGGAGAUCCGCUCGAUUGACAACAGCACGAUUGAUCAGAAGAUCCCCCUGUUCGAGAGGAUACUCAGCAACUUUGACGAGCACGAGGAGGGGUCUUCCCCGGCGGGGAGCAAGGUGAGUGGCGAGGUGCGCACUUCUGUUGGCGACAUGCGCGCUUCUGUUGGUGACGUGCGCCCCUCCGUCAGCGGGGGGGCCCCCUUCGUGUACUUCUUCCAGUGCGACGGCGCGGCGAGCAGCGCGAAGAAGCUGCGGGAGGUCUACGGCAUAAUGGUGAGGAUAAAGGUGGCCAUGGUGGUGCAUGAGAAGCAGAUGGAGAUACUCAUAAGGGAGAAGAAGAGGAAGCAGGAGGGGGGGCCCAGCGCGGGAGGUAUAGGAGCAGGUGUAGGAGUUGGAGUUGGAGUAGUAGGAGGGGAGGGCCCCCUGCCCCACCACGCGGAGAGAGACAGCCGACACGACAGGGGCGCAGCAGCGGGGGCGAGCCCCACAGCGCAGAGCCCCAGUCGAAGCGGGUCUCAACCGCAGAACAGCAUUAAAGAAAUACACCUGGAGAAGUACAUCGAGCGGAUGAUGGAAAAGCUCACAGAAAAUAUUAAAUUUGACAUAAGUAGCAUUGGACUCCACGAAAGGAUUAUUACCAACCGAAUGGAAGGCUACUGGGUUUUUAAAAUCUCCCCGCUGUUGAGGACAAAGGGGUUGCUUAACAUAACAAAUAAGUUUAUAUAUUUCCAAGCGAAUCCGAAUUUCACAAAUAAAAAGGAGAAGAAGUGGAAGACGGAGUCCAUCCUGCACGUGUUUAAGAGGAUCAUAAUAAUGAAGCCAAACGCAUUGGAAAUUAUCUUCGAUCACGAGAGUAAGAAGAAGUACAGCUCACUGUACGUGGAGUUUGUGCAGUAUGGGGACAGAGAGCAAAUCAUUUCAGUUCUAAAAAGAAUUAACCCCCAGUGUUUUUUUAUAGAGGAGAAUAAAAACUUUGUGUAUGCCAUUCAGAAGAAGUGGGAAGGGGGGGCCAUCUCCAAUUAUGAGUACAUAGAUUUUAUAAACUGCAUUGCGGGGAGGAGCAGAAAGGACUUUUCGCAGUACCCCGUCUUCCCCUGGAUUUUGUGUGACUACACAAGGGAAGAGCUCAACCUGAAUGAUGACUCCAUGUAUAGGAAUUUAAGAAAACCAGUGGGGUGCCUAAACACAGACAGGUUGAACUCUCUAAUAGAGAAGAUGCAAGACCACGACUAUUUCUACGGUUCCCACUACUCGACGCUGGCAUACGUUGUGUAUUUCCUCAUUCGCUUGCAUCCGGAGUGCCAGCUGAAGUUGCAAAGUGGCAAGUUUGAUACGCUCUCCAGGAUCUUCCUCUCCAUCGAGGGGACCUUCAACACUGCCUUGAAUGCCAAUUCGUCCUUCAUAGAAUUAAUCCCAGAGUUUUACGAAGAUAAUGAGGAUUUUUUAAAAAACCUACUUAACAUCAGCUCCAACGAGGGCAACAUACACGACGUGGUCCUUCCCAAAUGGUCCUCCUCUGCGAAAGACUUCUUAACCAAAAUGAAGAACGCCCUGGAGAGUAACUACGCAAAUAAGCAUCUAAACGAAUGGAUUAACAUAAUUUUUGGGUACAAGCAGAGUGGGCAAAUUGCCAAGGAAAACUUCAACCUGUUUCAUCCACUUACCUACAUGCACACGAUCUUGAAUGAGAAGCUCUCCACGGCCAACUAUAAAUCCCAUCGAGAGAGAAUAAGACAGGAGGAGGAAAACGAAUUCGAGAGGAACUUCAACGAGAAAAUUAAAUCCCUCAUUACUACCAUGCCAUCUAAGGCGUUAAAAACCCAGCUACAUGAAUUCGGGCAAUGCCCUUUCCAGAUUUUUAGGGAACACCAUGUCUGUAGGAAGCCCUCCGUCACCUUUAGGUACAGGGAGGAUAUUAGGAACGCCCCCUGGUACUACUCCCCUGUGUUUAACCAAGUGCUGCGCGACUUGUUCUUCAGGCGCAAGCGCAGGCGGGACUUGAGGAUGCGCCGCCGCCUGCUCAGCCGCAGCGCCCUGGGGGGCGGCGCGGACGCCAGUCAAGGUGAAGGUGAAGAUGAAGAUGAAGAGGAGGGGGAGGAAGAAGAAGAAGACGAGGAGGACGACGAGGAGGAAUACGAGGAUGACGCCGAUGACGACGAAGGGGAGGAGGACAACUAUGCGGAGCAGGAACGGCAACGGCGCUACGACGAGGUCGGCCUUGGCGGGGGCCCCCCUCAUGGCGCUCCCCCCGGUGGGGGAGCCGCUCUUCCUGACGGGGCAGGCGAGGAACCCCUCCGAGGCAAGAACAAGCGACGGGGCCCCGCGGCGAGCGCCCCCCUCGCGCAGGAAGUCACACACACGAAGGUCACACACACGCGGAGGAGGGAGGCGGAAACGGAAGCCUACGGAGGAGAGUAUCUGCAAACGUACCAGUGGAAGCUACACAGAAGCGACCACUUCCCCUGCGUCGUCAAGGGGGUAGGCUACAACCAAUCAAACGUCUGCUUCGUCUGCAACAAUGGGUUCAUAAAAAUAAUCACGCACGGUGAUCUGAUUAGGAGCGAAAUGAAGAACAACAAUAAUUUGAUUUCGCUGAAAAUCGGCGACGAGAACUUCUCGUGCGUGGCGAGCGCGCAGGGGAACUACCUCGUAGGGACGUCCAGCGGGAACGUCGUCCUUUUAAACCCGCAGAGCAUUUUGAAGGUGAACGAGGGGGGGGCAGCCAAUUCGGGGGAAGCGGCCAAUUCGGGGGAAGCGGCCAAUUCGGGGGAAGCGGCCAAUUCGGGGGAAGCGGCCAAUUCGGGGGAAGCGGCCAAUUCGGGAGAAGCGGCCAACUCUGGGGACUGCUCGAACACCCCGCUGAGCGACUCCAGCCACUCGCUGCUAUCCUCCUUCGACGACGUGUUCGAGUACGACGCCCACAUGGGGGCGAAGAAGAGCAGAGGCAAGCAAAGAAAAAGCGACUUCCUCCUCAACGCAAAUAUUUAUAAUCAAAUGAUCACGAGGAAGCUACACAACGACACGGUGAGCAGCAUGAGCUUCUUCGAUAGCUACCUCGCCACAGGGUCGGCGGACGAAACGGUGCAACUGUUAAGCAUUGAGAGGGACUUCCACAGCUUACAAGUGUAUGAUAAUUUCACCGAAGCGGUGAAAUUCGUUCAGCUGAAAAAUAAGUUGCUGUUUACUCACUCGGAUGGAUUCAAGCUGUUUGACAUACGGGUUCCUCGGAGGAAGCCUCUCCAGCUGGGUAACCUCAACGGGAAGAGGAGCAGCCCCUCCAGUGGCCUCCGGGCAAGCGGCAAAUUCCCACCAAGGGGGGGUAGCAGUGGCAAUAGUGGUAGCAUUAGUGCACUUGGCUCCGGGAAAUUCUUUCACCUCUACGAUAAUGAGCAAGUUAGGCAUUUCUACAAAACCAUCCAGAAGGUGUACGAGCAAAGUUACAUCAGCGUAAAUUACCUGACCAAGCAAUAUUUAUAUGAGAAAAAGAUGAAAAAAAAUUUGAAUCAAAUUUUUCUAAAAAACUUCAGCAGCAUCAUUUAUUCCUCUUUGGUUAAUGAUAACACCGUCUUCACCCUAGACAGGGAUAGCAACCUGUAUUUCUAUGACAUUCGGGGGGAGAACUGGGUGAACGUUCUUUCGAAGGGACCCACAGAGCUCAGAAGAAAGAGUAGCUUCCUCAUCGCGGCUGGCUGUGACGACAGGCAACAGUUAUGCGCCGUUAACACGGUUGGGGAUAUCCUUUUUGAACCGAUAAAUGUUUGGAACCAUUUUAACGGCCCAGUUGACUGCCCAGUUGACUGCCCAGUUGACUGCCCAGUUGACGGCCCACUUGACGGCCCACUUGACAGCCCACUUGACGGCCCACUUGACGGCCCUGCUGCAGGGGGACUGGCCAAGACGAAUGUCUUCUCCUCCAGGUGCUCCUUCAGCCCCGCGUACAUUUCGUUCAUUAAUCACCCCGACUGCUUGGGCGACUUGGCAGUCCGCGGUGAAGGCGGCGGUGGAAAUGGCUCCUGCAAUUAUAUUUUGCUUACGGGGGCCGACGGGCGGAUGGAGAUCCACAGGAGGGGCGCCAGCUGGGGGUAG